AUGACAAGUAAAAGUAAAAUGAAUCAGGAUGAAUUUAAUGGUAAAUUUGGAAAAAUUAAUACAGAAAAUGAUUUGAUUAAAAAAAUUUCUAAACAAAAAAUUUUUGAAAAGUUAAAAAUUUUUAUAAAAAAUACACCAGAUCGAAUGUUAUCAUUUUUACCAAUUAUUUCAUGGUUACCUAAGUAUAAAUUUAAUGAAUAUUUUCAUGGUGAUAUGAUUGCUGGUUUGACAAGUGGAAUAAUGGCUGUACCACAAAGUAUGGCAUAUAGUUCAUUAGCUGGUGUCUCACCUAUUUAUGGAUUAUAUUCAACAUUUUUUGCUGCAAUUAUUUAUAUGUUUUUUGGAACCUCAAAACAUAUUGCUAUUGGUGUUUUUGCUGUUGUAUCUAUGAUGACUGGUGCUGUUACGGCAAAAUAUUCAUCCAAUAAUGGUGAUGAAGAAAAUAUUGAUAUUAUAGAACUUAUUAGUACAAUAGCUUUUACUGUUGGAAGUAUACAACUUAUAAUGGGAAUAUUAAGGCUAAAUUUUAUUGCAACAUACAUGUCCGAUGCAUUAAUUUCAGGUUUUACAACAGGAUCAGCAUGCCAUGUUUUUAUGUCACAAUUGAGUAAAGUUUUUGGCUAUAAAAUACCAAAAUAUUCAGAUAUUGGAAUGUUAGUAUUUAUGUUACGUGAUAUAAUCAAAAAUAUAUAUAAAACAAAUUUAAUAAACUUAGGAUUAACAAUAAUUGCUAUAAUAUUUUUGGUUAUUGGUAAAGAAAUAAUAUCACCUCGUAUUAAAAAAUACACCUCAAUACCAAUACCAUUUGAAUUAAUUUUAGUUAUCAUAACAACAAUAUUAUCAAGUAUAUUUAAUUUUAAAGAAAAUUAUAAUAUAAAUAUAGUUGAUAAUAUUCCUCAAUCAUUUCCAAUGCCAAAAUUACCAAAUUUUAAAUUAAUUCCACUGGUGUUUACUGAUUGUAUUUCAAUUGCAAUUGUCUGCUACAUUCUUGUUAUUUCAAUGGCAAAAUUAUUUGCUAGAAAACAUAAAUAUCAUGUUGAUACAAGACAAGAAAUGUAUGCAUGUAGUUUUAUGUGUCUUUUAAGUUGUUUCUUUCCUGUAUAUCCAACUGGUGCUUCACUCUCAAGAUCUUCAGUUCUUGAAGCAACAGGUGUCAAAUCACAAUUAAAUGUUUUAUUUUCAACAUCACUACUUUUUGUUGUUAUUAUUUGGAUUGGAAAAUAUUUAGAACCUCUUCCUUUAUGUAUUUUAGCUUCAAUUGUUAUGGUUGGUUUAAAAACUUUAUUUUUACAAUUUAAAGAUCUUAAACAUUUAUGGAAUAUUAAUAAAUUUGAUUUUAUUAUAUGGAUUGUUUCAUUUAUAACAACAGUUUUUGGUACAGUAACCUUAGGCCUAAUUAUAUCAUUAGGAUUUGUAAUUUUAACAGUUGUUAUAAGAGAACAAAUAGUUCAAUUAACAGAAUUAGGUUCAGAUAAAGAUAAUGUUUAUUUUAAAUCACUAGAUAGUUAUAAAAAUAUUCAAGCACAAAAAGGAAAUAUUAAUAUUUAUAAAUUUGAUAAACCUCUCCAUUUUGCAAAUGCACCUUCUUUUACAGAAAAAAUUAUUGAAAAAUUUGAUGAAAUAAAUUUGAGAAGGAAUGCUGAUUCACUUGUUGAAAUAAAAGUUGAUGAAAAAGAAAUAAUAUUUAAUAAAUUAAAUGAGAAAAAAAAAAUUCCUUAUUAUUUUAUUUUAGAUUGUUCUUCAAUCAAUUAUAUAGAUUCAAUGGGACUUGAUUCAUUAAAGAAAAUUAAGGAUGAAUCAAUAAAUUAUAAAAUAACAUUAUUAUUUUGUAAUUUUUCAGAAGAAAUUUUAACAUUAUUAGGUAAAUUAAAAGAUGAAAUAAUAUUAAGCGAUGAUAUUUUUCCUUCUAUUAAUGAUUCAUUAAUGUAUAUAGAAAAAAUGAUGUUUUAA